AUGUCAGCAGCGUCUCCAGAUGUGACCACAUCAAGAGCCUCUCCAGAUGAGCACAUCAACAACUUCUCCAGACUUGACCACAUUUACAAUGUCUCCAGAUGGGGCCACAUCAGCAGCUUCUCCAGAUGUGACCACAUCAGCAGCUUCUCCAGAUGCGACCACAUCAACAAUGUCUCCAGACAGGACCACAUCAACUGCCUGGCCAGAAGCGAGCACAUCAACAGCUUCUCCAGACAUCACUACAUCAACAGUGUCUCCAGAUGGGACCAUAUCAACAACCUGGCCAGAUUCAAGCACAUCAACGGUGUCUCCAGAUGUGACCACAUCAAGAACCUCUCCAGACGCGAGCACAUCAGCAGCUUCUCCAGAUGGGAGCUCAUCAACAAUGUCUCCAGACAUGACCACAUCUAUAGCUUCCCCAGAUGUGACCACAUCAACAGCUUCUCCAGUCGUGACCACCUCAACUGCCUGGACCACAUCUGCAGCUUCUCCAGAAGCAACCACAUUAACAGCAUCUCCAGAAAUGACUACAUCAAUAGCUUCUCCAGACAUGACCACAUCAUCAGCUUUUCCAGACAGGACCACAUCUGCAGCUUCUCCAGAAGCGACCACAUUAACAGCAUCUCCAGAAAUGACUACAUCAAUAGCUUCUCCAGACGUGACCACGUCAAAAGCAUCUCCAGAUGUAAGCACAUCAACAGCUUCUCCAGACUGGACCACAUUAACAGUGUCUCCAGACACCAGCACAUCAACAGUGUCUCCAGAUGGGACCACAUCAGCAUCUUCUCCAAAUGUGACCACAUCAACAUCUCCAGACAUGACCACAUCGACAAUCUGGCCAGAUUCAAGUACAUCAACAGCAUCUCCAGAUGUGACCACAUCAAGAACCUCUCCAGACGUGAGCACAUCAGCAGCUUCUCCAGAUGGGAGCACAUCAACAAUGUCUCCAGACAUGACCACAUCUAUAGCUUCUCCAGAUGUGACCAUAUCUACAGCUUCUCCAGACGAGACCACAUCAAUUGUCUGGCCAGAUGUGAGCACAUCAACAACUUCUCCAGAGGUGACCUCAUCAACAGCCUGGCCAGUUGCGAGCACAUCAACAAUGUCUCCAGAUGCGAGCACAUCAACAGUAUCUCCAGACACGAGCACAUCAACAGUGUCCCCAGACAUGACCACAUCAAUAGUGUCUCUAAAUGGGACCACAUCAGCAGCUUCUCCAGAUGUGAGCACAUCAACAACAUCUACAGACACGACCACAUCAACAGCUAUUCCAGACAGCACGACAUCCACAGCUUCUCCAGAUGCCACCACAUCAACAGUUUCUCCAGUUGCAAGCACAUUAACAGUGUCUCCAGACACAGGCGCCCCAACAGCUUCUCCAGAUACCAGCACGUCAACAACCACAUCAACAACAUCUCCAGACAUGAGCACAUCAACAGCCUGGCCGGAUGCGAGCACAUCAACAGCUUCCCCAGUCAUGAGCACAUCAACAGGGUCUCCAGACACCAGCACAUCAGCAACAUCUCCAGAUGCGACCACAUCAGCAUCUCCAGACAUGACCACAUCAACAGCCUGGCCAGAUGCAAGCACAUCAACAGCUUCCCCACUCAUGACCACAUCAAUUGCAUCUCCAGACACGAGCUCAUCAACAGUUUCUCCAGACAGCACCACAUCCACUGCUUCUCCCGAUGCCACCACAUCAACAAUUUCUCCAGUCGCAAGCACAUCAACAACUUCUCCAGACACAAGCAUAUCAACAACUUCUCCAGACUUGACCACAUCAAUGACCUCUCCAGACACCAGCACUCUAACAGCAUCUCCAGAUAUGAGCACAUCCACAGCUUCUCCAGAUGCCACCACAUCGACACCUUUUCCAGUCCUGAGCACAUCAAUGACGUCUCCAUUCACGAGCACAACAGCUUCUCCAGAUACCACCACAGCAACAGUUUCUCCAGUCGCAAACAUGAGCACAUCAGCAACAUCUCCAGAUGCGACCACAUCAGCAUCUCCAGACAUGACCACAUCAACAGCCUGGCCGGAUGCAAGCACAUCAACAGCUUCCCCAGUCAUGACCACAUCAACAACAGCUCCAGACACGAGCACAACAAUUUCUCCAGACAGCACCACAUCCACAGCUUUCCCAGAUGCCACCACAUCAACAGUUUCUCCAGUCGCGAGCACAUCAACACUUUCUGCAGACAGGAGCACAUCAACAGUAUCGCCAGACACCAACACAAGCACAUCAACAACAUAUCCCCAUGUGACCACAUUAACGAUGUCUCCAGAUGUGACCACAUCAGCAGCCUCGCCGGAUGCAAGCACCCCAACAGCCUCCACAGUCGUGAACACAUCAACAGUGUUUCCAGACACGAGCACAUCAACAACAUCUCCAGACACCAGCACAUCAACAACAUAUCCCGAUGUGACCACAUCAACAACAUCUCCAGUCAUGACCACAUCAACAGCCUGGCCAGAUGUGAACACACCAACAGCUUCCCCAGUCAUGAGCACAUCAACAGUGUCUCCAGACAUGAGCACAUCAACAAUAUCUCCAGACACCAGCAGCACAUCCACAUCUCCAGUCGUGACCACAUCAACGACGUCUCCAGACAUAACCACAUCAAUAGCCUGGCCAGAUGGGAGCACAUCAACUACUUCCUCAGUCAUGAGCACAUCAAUAGCUUCCCCAGUCAUGAGCACAUCAACAGCUUCCCCAGUCAUGAGCACAUCACCAGUGUCUCCAGACACGACCACAUCAACAGCAUCUCUAGACACCAGCACAUCAACAACUUCUCCAGAUGGGACCACAUCAACGACGUCUCCAGUCAUGAGCACACCAACAGCUUCCCCAGUCAUGAGCACAUCAACAGCCUGGCCGGAAGGGAGCACGUCAACAGCUUCCCCAGUCACGAACACGUCAACAGCUUCUCCAGUCAUGAGCACAAUAUCAGCAUCUCCAGACACGAGCACAUCAACAGCAUCUCUAGACACCAACACAUCAACAACUUCUCCAGACGCAACCACAUCAACGACGUAUCCAGACAUGACCACAUCAACAGCAUCUCUAGACACCAGCACAUCAACAACUUCUCCAGAUGGGACCACAUCAACGACGUCUCCAGUCAUGAGCACACCAACAGCUUCCCCAGUCAUGAGCACAUCAACAGCCUGGCCGGAAGGGAGCACGUCAACAGCUUCCCCAGUCACGAACACGUCAACAGCUUCUCCAGUCAUGAGCACAAUACCAGCAUCUCCAGACACGAGCACAUCAACAGCAUCUCUAGACACCAACACAUCAACAACUUCUCCAGACGCAACCACAUCAACGACGUAUCCAGACAUGACCACAUCAGCAGCCUGGCCGGAUGGGAGCAUGUCAACAGCUUCCCCAGUCGUGACCACAUCAACACCUUCGCCAGAUGCGAGCACACCAACAGCCUUCCCAGUUGUGACCACAUCAACAGCGUUUCCAGACACGAGCACAUCAAUAACAUCUUCAGACACCAGCAUAUCAACAACUUCUCCAGAUGGGACCACAUCAACGAUGUCUCCAGUCACGAGCACACCAACAGCUUCCCCAGUCAUAAGCACAUCAACAGCCUGGCCAGAUGGGAGCAUGUCAACAGCUUCCCCAGUCACGAACACAUCAACAGCUUCCCCAGUCAUGAGCACAACACCAGUGUCUCCAGACACGAGCACAUCAACAGCAUCUCUAGACACCAACACAUCAACAACUUCUCCAGACGCAACCACAUCAACAGCCUGGCCAGAUGCGAGCACAUCAACACCUUCCACAGUCAUGACCUCAUCAACAGCAUCCCCAGACACGAGCACAUCAACAGUUUCUCCAGACAGCACCACAUCCACAGCUUCUCCAGAUGCAAGCACAUUAACCUCUUCUCCAGAUGUGACCACAUCAACAGCUUCUCCAGACCUAACCACAUCAACAGCUUCUGCAGACACCAGCACGUCAACAUCUCCAGUCGCAAGCACAUCUCCAGCCUCUUCAAUUGGGAGCACAUCUACAACUGCUCCAAACACGAGCAUAUCAACAGCUUCUCCAGUCUCCACCACAUCAACUGCUUCUCCAGACUUACAGCACAUCCACAGCUUCCUCCGACAGGGUCACAUCAACCCCUUCUCCAGACAGAACCACAUCUCCUGCUCCUCCAGAUACUGCCACCACCACCGCAGCUCCCACAGAGAGUUUCCCAUCACCAACACCUUCAGCUCCCUUUACCUCAACAGGGACAGCUUCGCCAAACACGAUCACAUCUCCAGCUUCUGCUGCCACUGCCACCACCACAGUUGCUCUCACAGACAGUAGCCCAUCGCCAACACCUUCAGCUGACUCUACCUCAACCGCAACAGCUUCUCCAGUGGACUGCAAAAAUGAAGGGACGUGGAAUGGGCAGGUCUGUGUUUGCCCCAACGGCUUCCAAGGAGACCAGUGCCAGUACGAGGUCCACGACCUGCAAGAAUGGAGGCUACUGGGAUGGGAUUAAGUGUGUGUGCGUUGGCCUCUUCCAAGGGCCAAAGUGCGAGGAUGUGGUCCCGAGCAUUGAGAUAGACUCUCCACCAGGAGACCGUCUCUGCCCAAGUAGAAAUGACUGUGACAGUGACCAGUAGGGAGUUCACCAAAGAGCUAGAAGACCGGGAUUCUGUAGAAUUCAAGAACUUCAGUGAUACAUUCACACAAGAGAUGGCCCAUGUUUAUCGUGAAAUCCCUGAGUAUCAAGGGGUCAACAUCACAAGGCUGUCGU